AUGGAGAAGGACACUAUUAAGGAUCGUUCGCAAACGAAGAGGCAGCCCUUUCGCGACGCUAGCAACCGGCUUAAUAUCGUUCAUAACUCGUCACGUCAAACACGCUAUGACCACGUAGCAUUGUCAUCCGAGAAGCAAAUGACAUCCUCAGAUCCACCUGAUGCCUUGAAUGGACAUGACUUCCCUCCUGCCACUGCAGAAAACAAGCGCAUAUCGGCCGUUUUAGACUACCACUCGGAUCCGAGGCGCAAUUCGGCCAUCUCAACCACUUCCACCAACUCCGGGAGAUCACGGCGAAAGACUCACAUUGGGCCAUGGCAACUUGGGAAGACGCUGGGCAAAGGAUCUACUGGUCGUGUGCGCCUGGCAAAACAUUCAGUCACCGGUCAGGCCGCUGCGAUUAAAAUUGUAUCGAAGCAGUCGGCAGCACUAGCACAGAGCCAGAGUAUUGCGGCUAUGGAUAAGAAUAUUGAUGUAGCCCCUGGUUCCAGAACAAUUCCGUCGGGUAUUGAAAGAGAAGUCGUGAUCAUGAAGCUUAUUGAGCAUCCAAAUGUCAUCAGCCUAUAUGAUGUGUGGGAAAAUAGGGGAGAGCUGUAUCUGGUUCUUGAAUACGUCGAGGGUGGCGAGCUCUUUGACUACGUCUCAGAGAGAGGACCGCUUCCAGAGAUAGAAGCGGUCCGUCUCUUUAGGCAAAUUAUCGCUGCGCUGUCUUGUUGUCAUCAGUACAAUAUCUGCCACCGUGACCUUAAACCUGAAAAUAUCCUACUUGAUUUCCGGAAAAACAUCAAACUAGCGGAUUUUGGCAUGGCUGCUUUACAGCCUGCCGGUCACUGGUUAAAUACAUCUUGUGGGAGUCCACAUUAUGCUUCGCCCGAGAUUAUCAAUGGGCAGAGAUAUCAUGGGGACAAGGCCGACAUCUGGAGCUGUGGAAUUAUUUUAUUUGCAAUGUUGGCUGGCUUUCUUCCAUUCGAUGGCGGUGAUUUGGCAAACACCCUGAAACUCGUUAAAAGGGGCGAAUACAUCAUACCGCCAUGGUUUAGCCCGGAAGCCAUAGAUUUGAUUCAGCGAAUCUUGCAGAAGAGGCCUGAAAACAGAAUUAGCAUAGAUCAGAUGUGGCUACACCCUCUUCUCAUGAAAUAUCAAGCACACCCCAUCUUCGCUAAUUCACCAAUGGAUUCUAUUGGCCCACCACCGCCUCUGCCGUCAAAGGACUUCAAGAAAAUUGUGACCCAUCGCCGUGACAUUGACUUGGAAGUUCUGAGGAGCCUUCAAACCCUGUGGCAUGAGAAGAGAAAGGAAGAUUUGAUUGAAAACCUUCUCAACGAUAAACCAAAUCAUGAAAAGCUCUUUUAUAAAGCUUUGUUAAAAUUCAGAGAAGAACAGCUUGAAAACUAUGAAGGUCCACCUCUAGGAUAUUCCUCUAGUGACUAUCAUCAUAUUUCAAGACCCCUUUUCAGGCUGCAAAGAAGAAUGCCGAGCAAUCAUGGUGAAAGCAACGUUUGGAGGCGCUCCAAAUUCUCAAUUGCUACAAAUUCUUCUGGCAUGAGAGAAGGUUCCAGCCGUGGACCAACCUCGGCGCCGACGAUUGCGAGCUAUGAUCCGUAUAGGUCAUCUCGCACGGCUAUUGCCGAACCGAAGGUCGAAUAUGCUAAUGUUACGAUCCAUAGACAUCAGUCAAAUGAUUCUAGUGCUGCCUUAAAUUCUAAAUCAUCUCCACCUACUGGAAAACUGUCGAUGGAUCGAGCAUCCGUCAAUAUGCGCUCGUCACCAAAUGGUGGUCCAGGGACCUCAUCACGGCGAAGCUCGUUGGCGUCCUACCAAUCCCGUAGCUCCGUCGGAAGCCAUUGCCAGCGAGCAAAAUCCAGGCACAGCUACAAGAGAAACGUGAGCUUUCGGCAUUUAAGAGGGCACAACCCCAAUAGAGAUGAUAAGAGAAUCGGUAUGCCUCCAGGCCAUUCUCAGUAUUCGCUUUGUCAAGAAAGAAAUAAAAUGGGAAAACGGGAAUCCGAGAGGGUCAAAAGGUUAUCCUCGGAAAGGUUCAGCAGUCCUUCUCUGCCUUCACCACCAACCUGUGUGCGUCCAGCUACAAAUAAAGUCGGUGAACUGGAAGUGGGAGCAAAACCUCGACAAUCCUAUCAGUAUUGGAAAGAGGAAGCAAGAAAGGUUUCGCAGGAACUGGAACAGAUCUGCGAAGAAGCGUUUAAUAGCUCAUCCCUUUCAUCCUCCUAUACGAUUGAGACUGGAUCUAAGUACCCCGAGUCGCCUGUCACUUCAAUAUCUACCCCUGGUAACCUUAAUAGGUAUUAUGGCCAGACAAACACAAAACCUGUACGGGGACAGACAUUUGAGUCGUCCAGUUCUUAUGCCACUAGAGAACUGGCGGAAACGCGCCGUCGCUUGAUUGAGCAUUCGAAAAAAGCAAGGGCCGAUGGUCUUCCUUCACAUCUAUCGGAAGUAAUUUCACAUUUGGACCGCUUAAUUGAAGGCAAGCCAUCUCAUUCUGUCGCUAAGAAUGCAGCGUUAGCAGCGGAAGCUGCCAGACCACCUCAUAAUGUAACAAGGAAUUUGCCAUCUAUUUUGGAGGAACGACACAGCGUCAAAGAUUUCCUUUCCGGCGAAACUACCUCGAGCUAUAUACCUCCUCCGUUGGACCUGGAUGUGUGGGAAAAGAAAACAAUCCGAGUAGUACCUGAUUCAACCAACAAUCUCGAUAAUAUCAGACCAUUAACCAUCCGAAAAAAGCGGACGACACUUGAACUGCCAACUCCUUCAAAUGAGUCAACAAGCUUCAGUCAACCGCAACGCAGCUUGAGCCAGUCUCUCACCCGUAACCGAUCGACAGGUCGACGAAGCAAUACUGGCCGGUUCUUUAGUGGCCUUGAACCCAUUGAAGAAAAUCCAAAAUCGUCAAAGAAAAAUGAAUUUCGCAAUUCAGGGGACACAAGAAAAUGGUCUCGGUUCAAAUAUCGAUCCCAAAGCUACAGCGACGUUGGUCCUCCGACACCACCAAAGGAUGAUGUACCGUUAUCUAGACAAUCAUCGAUUUCUCACAUGACGAGUGGCGCUUCUCAGGGUACUGAAGAAUACCCCGUGGUUGAAGAUGACAAUUUAAAUUGGAUUAAGAAAAACAAACCAGUAGAAACGGGGAAGAAGCUUCUGAAACUUUUUGGCAUGAAAAAACGCGAGAAAGCAGUUCAUGAAUUUGGUCAAGAAAGCAACUGUUUUAAUAUUUCAGUCACCAGCUUGGAUAAUAAAGAUGAGAGUGACAUUUUCGGAACCAAGAAUCAUUUUCUCUCAAAUACGCAAAACGAGGCGGGUUCCCCAACGCAUCCAGCGUCAAGCCAGAACUGGUUCAUGAAAUUCUUCCGUAUCAAGGCGGCCUCUAAGGUGAUCGCGCUCAACGCACCCAAAGCCCGCGCCAGAAAGGAAGUUAUAAAGAUUCUCCGCGAGUGGAAAAAGUACGGCAUCGAAGGCAUUCGUGUUGAUAAGCAAAAUAGCGUGAUACGUGGGAGAGUUGGAGAACUAAACUUUCUCCGCCUUCGCCCUGUCGAGUUUUCCGCCGAACUUUUUACCGUGCUUGAAUAUGGUCGUCACGUUAGUCUCAGCUUGAUACGGUUGAAGCAAGAACGAGGUGCAGCAUCAUCGUUCCGAAAGGUCGUGGAAACGCUGAUCGCGGUGCUGAAGCAGCGCAAACUGUUGGUCGAAGAUACGGUAAAGGCGAAGAAGAUGGCAAAAGUUCUCAGUCUCACAGGUCAGUAG